AUGAGUUUCUUCACCACCAUUGCCAACAAUGAUUCACAGCUCAAGCACCUACGAGCUAUGCUCACUCACCUCCCAGACUGCAUCCCUCUGGGUAACUCCAGGUAUCACUUUGAGAACUUCGCACCUGAUCCAGAGAAAGUUGAGCUAUACGGCAGUGCAGAAGCAGCACUGAAUAAUGUGUUAGAAGUCACCUUUGCAUCAAAGGGCCGCAAGGAUGAGUCUGCACCUUGUCCAUUUGAGUUUCAAGAGCAUGGGCCUGGCCUCAUUGCUGUUGUGGAUGUCCUUACUGCUACAUUGGAGGAGUUUCCAGAGUCAGCAUUGCUCCAAAAAUGGGCCAAGGAUCUAUGGUGUGCUGCAGUGUAUCACUACAAGUCUGCAAAGAAGAAAGUGGGUACAUGCCUUGUUAGAAGGCUCCCACACAGCACCUCUGCAGAAUGA